AAGCAAGUGGCUUUGUACCCGAUUCAUGGUCUGGGUGGAAAAUUAAUGUUUUGUCUCGAGAAGAAUGGCGUCUCAAUAUUUGCCUGAAUGCGGAAAUGUAGAGAAAUUACUUGAGCUGUUUACAUUUUCCUAUGGAUAUUUAUCGAUAGGGCUCUUCAUUCUUGCGUGAAGUGUCCUUUAUUCCACCUUGUUUGGUCGCACUGGAGUUGAAGUAACCUGAACCCCGUAUUCGCCUUUUUCGCGAUUUAUUUAUUUGACGUAGUUCUGAAUGAGCCUGGCAGGUCGAUUGCUAUUCGAGACUACGCAAAAUUAGUCGUGCUAAUUAUGUGUGUCCCUUCUAAGCGACAGGUUUGACUCGGCAUGCCAUUUUUAUGCCGAUGAAGUGAAGACAGGAGACAUGAGUGGCUCCCCUGGCAAGGGUCAAAUCCUGAUCCACGUGGGAGCAGAACGGCGUCCAUUGUCGCUAAACGGGGAUCAGACAUUCAUCGCUGAAGAUUUGUGUAAUUACGUCGGGAAAUUGGUAGGAACAACGCCGAGAUGUCGGCUGUUGUAUGGACUGAAAGAAAUGAAGCCCAACGGGGAAACCGUGUGGUUGCCUCCGAAUCGUCGCAUCAUUUGCGAACCCGGAAUGCCGCCAGUCGAGCUCAAGUUCCUCGUGAGGUUCCGAGCCCCCGUGGAAAGAUUGGAUCCGAAAACCAUAGACAUUUUCAUCGGACAAAUCCGAGAAUACACGUUGACGGAAGAAACGAGUGGAGCUGCGGAAAAGGAUGUGUUGGGGUUGUCAGUGCUCGACAUGUACCGCGAAAUGAUGGAAAGCAACGUGCCGUAUAGCACGAUUAUGAGUGAUUACGGGAAAUUCGUUCCGAGUCGCAUCCGAAGGAAGCAUUUGCAUUACACUAAGAGAGCUAUUGGCGAGAAGCUCAAGGCUGUGAUGGAGCGGAAAGAGAGUGUUGAUGGAGUUAAGAAGACUCACGUCAAAUCUGCAUUGGAAUACUUCCCAAAGUUCAUGUCGGAAGAGUAUGCAGCGGAAGUGGAAGAGGCCGGAAAGAAAACGGCCUGCAUUGUUCACGUGAACCCGUACGACCCGUUGUUUCCUGGGCUCUCGCAUGGCCCCAAAAGCAAACAUGACAAGCGCAAGUGGGUUUGCAAAAUAGAGGAUCUCAUCUACGUGUGUCUUCGGGAGCUGGUUGCCGAUGGGAAGCCGCGAUUGCUGGUUGAAGUGACGAGAAAAGACGGACCUCCAGUGAAUUUUCAUUUCAAUUCUCGUGAUCACGCUGAAGCCUUUGUGAGUGCCUUGCAUGGUUACUACCGUUUGCUGGAGAAGUGGUUCUUCAAUCUUUCCCAAGAAGUGCCGUCUCCUUCGCUCGUUCGUUUGCGGAGGGACAAGGCCCAUGGACCCGUGGGUCCUUCCUUCUCACUUGCCAAACUGAAAGAGAAGAAGGAAUGGUCGGAAGGUUCCUAUCUUCUGCGAGAAUCUGCAACGGAAUACGAUACAUUUCAUCUUGACGUGUGCACUGUAGAAGGCCGACAGCCGCAGACUUUCAAGAUUGUGAAAGUGGAUAGCAAGUAUCAGCUGAAGGGACACGACCAAGACGGAGUUCAGUUUUUCGACAUCAAGGAGUUGAUCAUGCAUUACUCGUCCAAAGAACUUCAGGACGCCCCGUUUGUUUUGAGUGAUGUUGUUCCUCCAUCUGAAUAUGAUCGAUGCGACGAUCUGCUGUUGUGUCGAGGCCAGACAGGAAGUGCACCUCAAACGAAUGGGUCUGCGCCGGAUCACCUUGCACCUGUAGCUGAUGUUUCGAAUGCGGAAACACAACCGCUGAUUAUCCCCGUCUCUGCGCUGAUUAGCUUCGGCGUGGAUCCGUCGGUGAGGCGAGGAAGGUUCUGUAUGAUCAGGAAAGCCAAGUGGUAUCAUCCAGUUCGAAAAAAUUUGGUGGACGUUGCUGUGAAAUAUUUGACGCAGGACGUUUCACUAGCCGAUAUGAAGGCAUUUUUGAACAUGUGCAGUGUCGUGUUGACGUGGAAGCACGUGUCCUUGCUUCCAUUCCACGGGGUUGUGUUGUCUGAUCCGUGCUCGUUGAUUGGCGAGUGGGCACCACUCGGUUCCUUCGACGUUUACUUGAGAAGCAACAAGACGAAGCUGAAGCAGGUGGAACUUUCCGAAGCGGCAACUGCGAUUGUGAAGGCAAUCAAUGAACUGCAUGAUAUGAACAUAGUUCAUGGGAAGAUACGUUGCAGAAACAUCCUGGUGUUUGCGCACACCGACAGACAGCUGCAGGUCAAGCUAGCAGACCCAGGAUUGACUGUUGUCGACAAGAUCGAGUAUCCGUGGAUUGCCCCCGAAUGCAUGAGAGACGUCCGUAAAAUCUGGCGGUCGAAAUCUGCCGACGUGUGGGCCUUUGGUACGACGCUGUGGGAGAUAUAUUCUUUUGGCAAGAAUCCGAGUGAUUUUCAUCGCGGACGGCCGGAAGAUUUUGCGGUGACUUCGCUCCCGACCCCGGAAGGAUGUUCCGUUGUCAUCUGUAAAACUAUUGAGAGGUGUUGGGAUCUGGACCCAUUUGCCAGAGGAGUUCCACAGGAUCAUCUGCGUUCUCUGUUUCAAGGUCAAUACGGUGUCGUUUACAAAGGAACUUUGAAUUCUCCGGGAGGCUUCAAGCAAGAGGAAGUUGCUGUGAAACGUUUGCAUUCCAUGUGUGGCAUCGAAAAGAUUCGUUCGGAGUUUAUGAAAGAAAUUGCCAUCACGAGGGAAUCGCGUCAUCGAAACAUUGUGGAGGUGAAAGGCAUUAUUGAGGACCCACUUUCUUUGGUUUUGGAGUACAUCCCUCACGGGUCCCUGGUUCAGUACGAAACGGAGCAUAGAUCCGAUCUCACGGAAGAGCAGUUGCUGCAAUUUUCGCUGAAUAUCGCUGAGGGAAUGGAAUUCUUGGCACGCAACAAGAUUGUUCAUCGGGAUUUGGCCGCACGAAACGUUUUGGUUGCACAACACGAUUUGGUGAAGAUCUCCGACUUCGGUUUAGCCAGAAGGAUAAACUCUGAUGGAGACAGAGCGAAUUCCGCCGACGGAGACUAUUAUAUCCUCCAGGAUCUGACUCGGAAACUUCCUGCUCCUUGGCAGUCGUUGGAGAACUUGAAGGACCAACGAUUCUCGACCCGCUCGGACGUGUGGUCCUUCGGUGUGACCCUGUGUGAGAUGUACUCUGGCUGCCAGAUGAACGUGUCCCUGGUGCAGCCGUCGAACGAUCCCGAGAUGGUCAUCGAAAUGAUCAAGGCUUUGGAGUCUGGGAAACGGGUUCCAUGUCCUCAAUCGCCCAACGCGCGCAUUUCCGCGGAACUAGUGCGUGUAGUCUAUGAGAACGUGGCGUUGCGAUGCUGGCAACUGAAUCCGCACGACCGCCCCUCGUUUCCCUCGCUGGCGGCGCUCUUUAGGGACUACAUAAUUAAGUGGAAGGACACGGGGCGGGUUGCGUGAAAACCACUGGUGUUUGGUUUUGUCUUUUGUUUUUGUCUCUCGAGUCGAUCUAGAGUUUUUAUAAUUGACAGUCGAACCCUCGAGAAUCCGUCGCCAUUUAUUUUGUGAGGUUCGUGGCGGUGUAAAAAAGGGUUGGUGGUUCAUUUAAAAAAAGCUUAAAUACCGUAUUUUCUCAAAAGAACGCCUGGUCACCAACAAUAGAUGCCAGUCUCUUUGAUAGAGACUGGCAUGGGUGUCAGAAAAGCUUGAAGCAUUAAGUGAUAGCCAGUCUCUAAUGCAUGUGGUACCUUGCAAUUUGACAUCCUGCAAUUUGUCAGUCAAAUUUUCUGCGGAGUCUACUUGAAAUUCGACCUCUGCCCUGCAAUGUGACCGAAAGAGAGACGUGAAACAUCAAAUUUGAUGCAGAAAACAUAGCAUUAGAUGGAGUCCUGCAAUUCAGCCACUUCACAAUUUGACCCUAGCCCAGUUCCAGAUUUGGGUCAAAUUGUGGGGUACCAACUGUAGUAGCCAGGUCAAAAAAGGGAGGGGAGAGGUUGUUUGAAAAACCACAAACAAUUAUUGUAAUACAAAAAAUCAGUGAAGCCCGUGUAUGAGAUGCUGAAGAAGGAAACCCUUUCCCAUUAUCAAUUUGUCAUGCAUUCCUGUCUCAUUUUCCAAGAAAAAGUUGCAAUUGAAGGGCUUGUAACAUUUGUCACCUGG